AGUAUAAAAGAACUCUUUCAGCCCCUUCCCACUGAAUCAAUGACAGGGUAGCAACCAUCGUACUCCCCUUGGAUUGUGGUAUAAGAAAAGCCAUAGGCAUGGGAUCCGCUUCCCCUCCAAAACCGUCUAUUUUCUGCUUGAAUUUGAAAUGGCCAUUUCAUUUUCCCCACCAAAACCCUAACCCCAACCCGAAAACCCCAAAUCCCUGCGAUUUCGACGCCCCUUUUCUCUUCAAAUCCGUCCAAAGCCUCUCAUCUCUCGCUCUCAAUCUCCUCCACUCCGCAUCCAAAACCCUAGAACUCAAACCCCACCAGAUCAACGGUCAGAUCCCAAUCCAGAAGAUCCAAAAGAAGGCGAAGGCCUUGUCGCCUGAAGAACAGGGAGAGGCUGAACAGCGGGCCCUUGCAUCGGCGCUGGCGAGCAGGAAGGAGGCGACAGUGAUCGAAUUCUACUCGCCCAAGUGCAGGCUCUGCAACUCGUUGCUUGAUUUCGUGUUGGAAUUGGAGGCAAGGAAUUCCGAAUGGCUCAACAUCGUCAUGGCCGAUGCUGAGAACCAGAAAUGGCUCCCCGAGCUUCUCCACUAUGAUAUCAAGUACGUUCCUUGCUUUGUGCUCCUGGAUAUACAUGGAAAUGCUCUUGCAAAGACGGGCAUUCCGACGAGUCGGCUCCAUGUGGUUGCAGGCCUGUCGCAUCUUCUCCAAAUUAAGCAGCCCCAAAAAUACAAAGGCAAGAAUGCUCCUUGAUUUGGGCAUCCAAACAAUCUUCACAAAAUCUUUGUAAAGUUGAGUGAAACAAGGAUUAUUUUGUCCAAAUGAGUUCUUGCAAUAGGAAAUGAAAAAUGCCUUCUUCUGUUUUUU